AUGGCGGCCGCCGGCGUGCACCAGGACUACCAGGCGGUGUCCGGGCUGGCCAAGUACCCCUUCGAGCCGUAUUGGCCGGAGGGCAAGCUGAGGGUCUGCGUCACGGGCUCGGGGGGGUUCAUUGCGUCGCACCUGGCCAAGCGGCUCAAGUCGGAGGGGCACUACGUCGUGGGAUGCGACUGGAAGCGCAACGAGCACUUCAAGGAAGAAGAGUUCUGCCAUGAGUUCCACCUGGUGGACCUUCGGGUGUUCGACAACUGCAAGAAGGUGUGCGCGGGCUGCGACCACGUGUUCAACCUUGCGGCGGACAUGGGUGGCAUGGGCUUCAUACAGUCCAACCACGGCGCGAUCCUGUACAACAACACGAUGAUCAGCUUCAACAUGCUGGAGGCUGCUCGCCAGAAUAAGAUCCAGAGGUUCUUUUAUGCUUCUAGUGCAUGCAUUUAUCCCGAGUAUGCACAGCUGGAUACGGAAAUUGAAGGGGGAGGGCUCAAGGAGUCUGUUGCUUGGCCUGCACAGCCGCAGGAUGCAUAUGGCCUGGAGAAGCUUGCAACAGAGGAGCUCUGCAUGCACUACAACAAGGACUUCAACAUCGAGUGCCGCAUCGCUCGGUUCCACAACAUCUAUGGCCCCCACGGAACGUGGAAGGGUGGCCGGGAGAAAGCACCUGCUGCCUUCUGCAGGAAAGUGUUGACCAGCCCAGAUGAGAUAGAGAUGUGGGGAGAUGGAAAGCAGACGAGGAGUUUCACGUUCAUCGACGACUGUGUUGAAGGCAUCCUUCGGAUCACCAAGUCUGACUUCCGCGAGCCUCUGAACUUGGGCAGCGACGAGAUGGUGUCCAUGAACGAGAUGAUGGAACUGGUAAAGUCCUUCGACGGGAAGGACCUCCCAAUCAAGCACAUUCCCGGGCCCGAGGGCGUGCGCGGCCGCAACUCAGACAACUCCCUCAUCCUGGAGAAGCUGGGUUGGAAUCCAUCCGUGAAGCUGGCCGAUGGCCUCAAGAUCACGUACUUCUGGAUCAAAUCGCAGAUCGGUGCGGAGGAGGGCGUGGACGUCAGUGAGUAUGCCAAGAGCAUGGUGGUGUCCACGGGCGCCCCUGAGGAGCUGGGUUCCCUGAGGGCCGCAGACGGGGAGGAGGGCCCCAGGUCCUAA